AUGACGAAAGACCUCACCAAUUUCCAGGAUCAUUAUCACAAGAAAAUCACACCUCUGAUUGAGCGUCGUGCUGAUCUAGAGAACAGGCUUAAACAGGGAAAAAACAUUUUCAAAACUAACAAACAAUUACUCCAGUUAGAACAGGAGCUUGGUCGUUUUAAUAUCGACUAUUUCUCAGUCAUGAACAUUGAUGACUACCAUUAUCGUUAUAAAGGACACACAUCCGAUGAUGCGAAACAACUUGAAAUCAGACCACAUAAACGUCCUCCUGUCUCGACUAUAAUUGCAGACAGGCACACCACCCACAACAAGAAAUUGAGACUAGAUAUUCUCUCUUCAGCAGACUUUAAAGUCUCCGCCUCACUUUAA